AUGUGUGUUUGUUCAACUCUUUGGACCAUAUACAAUGUGUUACACAUUUUCCUUCUUUUAACCCCUUACACCCUAUCUUAUCGGUUUAAUAAUAUAAAUUUUAAUAAUGUAAAUGGUUCUAAAUCCUUCUUUAACCCUUGUUUUAUUAAUCGCAAAAACUCCACUACUCAACCAAAAUUACAACUCUCUAAUCACUCAAAUCCUCCAACACAUGACAAUAGUGCUAAUUUACCGCACAAUGAAAAUCGUUUAACUUAUGAUAACUUUUUAAGUGAUUUCAGAAGCGAAGAAGUUAGAGUUAGAUUCGCUCCUUCUCCCACUGGUCCUCUACACAUCGGCUCUCUAAGAACUUAUAUAUACAAUUAUAUAUUUGCAAAGAAGAACAAUGGCAAAUUAAUACUUAGAAUUGAUGAUACCGACUCUUCAAGAAAUAACCAAAAUAGCCUUAAAGAUAUCUUUUCUUCCCUAAAUUGGAUAGGAUUAGGAUGGGAUGAAGGUGUUAAUAGGCUAAACGGAGACAUGUAUUAUCAAUCAAAUAGAAAAGAAAUAUACAAAAAAUUCGCUCAAAAAUUAAUUGACAGUAACAAGGCAUAUUAUUGCUUUUGCAAAGAAAACUUCUUCACAAAAUUCCUCGGAAGGAUUUUCAAGUUUAAAUUUAACUAUAAGUGUAAAAAGUGCUCUAAGUUAUCCCAAAAUGAAAUUAAAGCAAAGCUGAAAAAUCUCAAAUUUAUCAUUCUUCUAAGAAGUGAAGGCGAUGAGUUUGACGACUUUAUUUUAGUGAGAAGAAACGGCGUUUCUACGUACAACUUUAGCAGUUGUGUAGACGAUGUUCUCAUGAAUGUAUCUCACAUAAUAAGAGGCUCAGAACACACAACUAAUCUCCACAAGCAACAGUAUUUGUUUAAAUUAUUGGAUUAUAAAUGUCCAAAAUUUGUACAUUUGCCUCUGCUCCACGAUGAGCAAAAGACUAAAUUGAGUAAAAGAAAUCCAAACUCCAAAGAUUACACAAUUACUCAGCUAAGUAAUGAGAUAUAUGAAGUCGGCGAUAUAAUUAAGAUGUUUUCAUUUGACCUGCUGAAUAACGAGCCUGCGGUUUUCGACUAUAAAAAGCUGUUACACCUAAACAGAAGAUACAUAAACAGCUUGAGUAUUGAAGGACUGAAAUCCGAGAUUUUAAAUUUUGCACAGUUUUAUAAUGAAAAUAAUGAGGAGGGUGGUAGAAUGAACACAUCACUAGUAAUGGACCAACUACUUGAAAUAUACCAAAAGAGACUAGUAACUCUGAGCGACUAUUUUAAUCUUGUAAACUCAGCUCUAAGCUACAAUUAUGAAAAUUUAACCAAAAAUAAAGAUGAGGAAUUGGACCCUGAAUUUAAGGUAUGGCUGAAGUUUGAGUUAAAUUUGAUAUUUGAGAAGAGUAAAAACGCAGUUGAUUUACAUGCCAACUUUGCGAAUCUUGUGAACGAAGCCAUGGUUAGCGGUAAGAAGAAUCUGAAACACCUAAGAUUCCUUCUAACUGGAGAGGAAGUUGGACCAUCUCUAAUAGAUCUGAUCAAAACCUGGAAGAUUGUCCGUGAAUGCCGACUGGAGAAUUUCGCAAAUUUGGAGCAAAGACUAAUUAAUAUUAGAGAAAUUUUAAAAUAAAUAAAUUAUCUUCCAUUCAUUGAAUUUUUUAUUAAAAUUUUACAAGGUUUUAAUGAGUAUUUAUUCUACAUGUUUUGGCAUCACCUGACAACGGACGUGUAUAGUGAUU